AUGUCAGAAGCAAAAGGCCCCUGGCCCCACACGGUAACCUACCAAACACGAUGGCUCGACAACGACCAGUACGGUCACCUCAACAACUCAUCGUACUACCUCAUAGCCGACUCAAUCAUCAACGCCUACCUCGUCAACGCCUGCGGCAUCCAGCCUUUCAUCCAGCCCUCUUCCCCCUCCUCCACCACCUCUACCUCAGCCACUUCAGCAGCUUCCGAGAAGGACGUGUCGAGCAUCGUCGGGUUGGUGAUCAGCAACUCGUGCAGGUACUACGCCUCGUGCAGCUUCCCUACACCGCUCAAGGUGGGCUUGAGAGUGGUCAAGUUGGGCAAGAGCUCGGUCACCUACCAGGUCUCGAUCAGUGAGGAGGGUAAGGAGGUGGCUGCGCUGAUCACCUCCACGCACGUGUUCGUGGACAGACACAGUAGGAAGCCAGUCGCUAUGCCGGGAAGGUUGAGAGAGCCAUUGUCAAAAAUCUCGGUCGAGUCGGAGCAGUCACGGUCUAAGCUUUGA